CAUAACCUUAAAAGUUGACAAUUUGAUUAAAAUAACAAACAAUUAUUUAUUUACAAUAUUUUGGUUAAACAAUGGAUAUAGUUCAGUUAAAAGAUGUAAAAACAAUUCAAGAUAUUAUUCAUGUUUAUCCAGAUAAAAUAAAGAAUGAAUCAAUUCCAUUAAUUAUUGACAAUGGUUCAUACAAUUGCCGGGUUGGUUGGGCAACAGAAAACGAGCCCCAAUUAAUAUUCAAAAAUUUAAUCGCCAAACCACGUAAAGAACGUGGUAAAAAAGACGGAGAAGUACAGGUUGGUAAUGACAUAACAAAUAUCGAGUCAGUGCGUUUUCAAUUGAAAACUCAGUUUGAUCGAAAUAUUGUAACGCAUCUGGAAGCUCAAGAACAAAUAUUCGAUUACACUUUCACUCAUAUGGGCAUUGAUACUGAAGGCUGCGUUAAUCAUCCUAUCGUUUUGACAGAAGCUUAUUUGAAUCCUAAUUACUCCAGAAAUUUAAUGGCAGAGUUACUUUUUGAAUGCUACAGUGUUCCAUCAAUAGCUUACGGUGUCGACUGCCUUUUCUCAUAUCAACACAACAAUUUUCCUCCUGAUGGGCUCAUAAUUAAUGUCGGGUAUCAUACAACACAUGUGAUACCUAUCAUCGAUGGUAAAGUUGAUACUGUAAAUUCACGUAGGAUAAAUGUCGGCGGGUUUCAUGUUAUAUCAUACAUGCACAGGUUAUUACAACUUAAAUAUCCUGUUCAUGUUAAUGCUAUUACACCUAGUCGGUCUGAAGAAAUAGUACAUGAAUACUCAAGCAUUGCACUUGAUUAUCAAGAUGAAAUAACAAGAUGGUCAGACCCAGAUCACUAUGACGCAAAUGUGUUAAGAAUACAAUUGCCGUAUGUAGCGCCAGCAACAACACCUGGUUUGACAGCAGAGCAGCAAAAAGAGCGAAAACGGGAAUUGGCACGUCGCUUGAUGGAGAUGAAUGCUCGUAAACGAGAAGAAAGACUAGCUGAAGAUGAAGAACAGCUCAAUCAAUUGCUGGCGAUUCAAGAUUUAGUCGAAGAAGGCGAGCUCGAGGAGUUUGAACAAGCUAUUAAAUCAUUUAAUUUAGCAAACGAGGCUGAGUUAACUAAAAUGAUUAAUAAUUUGCAAGCCAAAGUUGAAAAAACUAGACAAAAAAUAGUCGCUGCUAACUCUCAAGAAGAUAAUGUUGGUACUGAAGAACAAAAACCUAAAAUAAAACCCAGUUUUCAGCCAAAAGAUCAAGCUGAGUUUGACGAAUGGAUAUCUAAUUUAAGGAAAAGACGACAAGAAAUAUUAGAUAAAAAAUCAGCCAAGCGGCAACGUAGGCAAGACAUGGCUAAACGUAGAACAGCUGCUGCACAAGAGCGAAUGCGUAUAAUAAGUCAGUUAGCUAGGAAAGAAAAACGUGACGACGAUUUUGGAAUGAGAGACGAAGACUGGGACGUGUAUAAAGCUAUUAAUAGAGAAGGUGGCGAUUCAGACUCUGAGUUGGAGCAAGAACGGCUCCUGGAAGUUGAAGAAAUUUUGCGUCAACACGAUCCCGAGUUUGACGGUCCAGGUUCUAACACACCGGUGAUACCCGGAGAAACUCAUCAGUUGCACGUCGGAUUGGAGCGCAUACGCGCAACAGAAGUGCUUUUUCAACCUUCGAUGAUCGGAUUGGUAGAAGCUGGUAUUCCCGAGACGAUAGACUUUGUGUUGAAGCUUUAUUCACCAGAAGUACAAUCACUGCUUGUGUGCAAUGUAUUUUUAACUGGCGGAACCGCCAAAUUUCCGGGUUUGCUCGGACGUUUAAAUCGCGAGUUACAAGAGAUAAGGCCAUUUAAGUCGGAUUUUAAAAUUAGUAUAGCUAAAAAUCCGAGUCUCGACAGUUGGUACGGAGCACGUGACUUUGGUAUUAAUGAUAAUUUACCCGAAUUUUUGGUAACGCGUCAAGAGUACGACGAAAAGGGUGGUGAAUAUUUUAAAGAACACUCAGCGAGUAAUAUUUACACAAAAUCACCAGAUCCGUUGCCGCUCGUACAACCAAUUCUCGUUUCUGAACAAAUGGUAGUCGAGGAUACUGCUGUCAACGUUGAGAUUGAAUAAUUACAUUGCCAAUUUAAUUAAAUAAAAUAAUUGUAUAAAGUAGAACAAGAUUGAUAAAUUACAGCUUAAGCAAAUAAAUUUUGUUUUUUAAAAAAGGAA